CACGUCAUCGAUAUGCGCCGAGAAUGCUCGCGAGGAACUUUUAACUCAUAGCAAGAUGCCUCUGUCUUUUUUAAAUAAUUUAAACCACCGAGCUGUGCGUUUAAACUCCCAAAUGUAGACUGAUUAAAAGCGGUUCCCUAGCGUCUGGGUGCUCGUUUGAGUAGGACUGGAGUUCUGUAACGUUAGGUGUAAAUUCUCAUAAACAACACAAAACGUUAUCGAAACGUUAUCUGAACAAGAACGGGACUAGCUUAUUACAGUUGAAGCCAACGCACUCCUUCUCCUUCUUGCAGAAACAGUAACGGUUGCGCUGCAGCGUUUUCGCGUCCAUAAACAGGGAAGCUGCGUGAAAAGUCACCGGUUCGAAUUGUACAAGUCGGCUGUACACGUGUACGUGUGCGUCCAACCUAAGUUGUGGACAUGGUUGACGCUGGGAUGUCGAAUAUUACGACUGGAGACGACUUGUCUGCGAAGGAGCCAGAAGAGAAGAAGCGAGACAGUGAGAAAAAGAAGAGGUCUCGAGUCAAACAGCUUCUGGCAGACGUGAAGAAACAAGUCGAAUUCUGGUUUGGUGAUGUAAAUCUCCAUAAGGACAGAUAUCUGAAGAACGUCAUCGUGCAGUCAAGGGAUGGCUAUGUUGAUAUAUCUCUCCUAACAACAUUCAACAGAAUGAAAAAGUUGACAACAGAUAGCAAGCUGAUAGCUAGAGCUCUCCGAAAUUCAGACGUGGUAGAGGUAAAUCUCGAAGGGACACAAGUAAGGAGGAAACAGCCGCUAGGUGACAGCCCAAGUGAUGUAGAUAACCGCACAGUAUAUGUUGAACUUCUGCCGAAAGAUGUUACCCAUGUUUGGAUCGAGCGAGUGUUUAGUAAGUGUGGGAAUGUGGUGUACGUUAGUAUCCCCAGGUACAGGUCAACAGGUGAUUCCAAAGGCUUUGCGUUUGUGGAGUUUAAGACUGAAGCACAGGCACAGAAAGCCAUUGAGAUGCUGAACAAUCCUCCAGAGGAUGCCCCAAGGAAGGCAGGCAUUUUUCCAAAGACCAUGGGGAGAAAGACAAUUCCUUUUCAUUCAGUACAAGACAGCACAAAAGAAGAUGAUGAAUGUAGAGGAGAUGAUGAUGAGGAUGGAAAGAAAAAGAAGAAGAAGAAAAAGAGAACACACAGUGAGCAAAAAGAUGAUUUUGUUGAGGAAAUGGCAACUGAAAAGAUGACUGACAAGGAGCACACAGCAGAGACUGAAGCAGCCAACGGGAACAAAGCACAGGCUACAGAGGGCACUGAGAUGGAGUGUGUGGCUGCCAUCAAAAAUUCACAAAAGAAGGCGGAUAAGAAAAGACGCCGGUCACACAGCUCAGAAAUGUCUGGGGGUGAAGGCCAUGUGGAGAAGCCUGCCAAAAUGCGGAAAGUGGAUGAGGAAGCAAAUGAUGAAAAGGAGUUGUCAUUCGAGAACAAUAAAGAUAAGGAAAUGGAGGAUGGAAAAAAGGAUGAGAAAGAGGAUUCCAUGUUAAAGGCCAAGAGGAAGAGAAAAAAGAAAUAUAAGGAGAGACUGAAGAUUGAGGAAGAGGUUAUUCCUCUCAGAGUGCUCUCAAAGAAAGAAUGGUUGGAUCUGAAGAAGGAGUAUUUGGCUCUUCAGAAGCAGUGCAUGGCCAGUCUAAAGAAGAACAUUUGCAACAUUCAAAAAACAGCGGAAUAUGACAAUCUACAAACUACUGAGGAUGGAGGUAAUGGCAACCCUAAAAAAGAAACUCCUGAAGGGCCGGCGUUUCAGAGUGGAGUCAUUCUCAAGAUCACUCACAACCAGCCUUUGCCUAACAAAAAAAGUGUUAAGGACACCCUGUCCGAGAUAUCUGCAGUGCAGUACGUGGACAUCAUGGAAGGAGAUGCCGAGGGUUUUAUCCGCUUUAAGACUCCCGAGGAUGCCAAAGCGGUAAUUGCAGCUCGUGCCGAACUGCAGAAAAAGCACAAUUGGAAUCUGGACGUCCUGACAGGUGAUCACGAGCAAAGGUACUGGCAGAAGAUAUUGGUAGAUCGACAGGCUAAACUAAAUCGACCCAGGGACAAAAAGCGUGGCACAGAAAAGCUCAUUUCCAAGGCUGAGAAAAUCAUCAUCGCUCGUACCAAAGAUGCAAAUAAGCACAUUCGUUUUGAUGAAUAACAACCAUGUGUUUUUAAGUAUUCAUUGCCCUUUCAACGGUAACAUAAUUCUUUUUUUUUCUUCAGUUUUUGCACUGAUCAUUAUUUUGUUUUAAUAACUUGAUUUUUUUCAAAUAAUACUAAAACAUUGAAUGUUUUAAGUUUGAUGUGGUAACCGUGGUGCACAAUACCGCCCACUGCUGUUCUAUGAAACUUUGUUUUAGUGCUCACUGACAUUUCUGUAAAUAUGAAAGUGCAAAACUCAUGAAUGAAUGUGAAUGUAUUUAGAUUACUGUGUGCUUUUUAAAUGUAACACAAUAGGCCAUUUUUAAUAAAUUCUUUUUCAAAAUA